AGGGUUGUGUGGAUGGUGGUGGGCGUUAAUUGUCUUUGGUUGAAAUGAGGUUCCCAAAAUCAACAUCAGUGUGGUAUCUUAAUCUUGGAGGAAAUGUGACGAAGGGAGAGGCUCACGCGUAGCUUUAACCGAGUCCAUAACCAAACUCUUGAGGAUGGAAGAGAUCAGUUCCUGUUCCAUUUCCUGACCUAAUCAACAGAACCAAGCAUUUAAAAUUCAACGUAUCCCUGCUCCCACCAUCAGACCCUCUAUAUAUACGUUCCUCCUUCCACUUCCAACUAUCUAUUCUUCUCUCACGCUCCAACACAACCACUAUCAAUAUCGCUUUUGUUUUCUGUGCAAGCAUCAGAAAAUACACUUCUCACUUCCCUACUUCCAAAAUAAGGAAACCAUUUUGAUUUUGAGUUCCAAAUAUGAGAAAGCUGUGUUUUAACCCCAAGACGCCGUCGUUUGCCAUGGCCCGCAAUUCUCCUUCUUCACCACUAUCUUUAAUCUCAAGCCCUACACCGCCCAGGCUCAGUUUUUCCGAACCUAGCAGCGUCGUCGACGAAGACAGCUUCAUGGAGGAAGCAGAGGCGCUCAUACUCAAAUGGAACCCUGACUCCUCAGCCUAUGCCAGAGUCACUUCUCUGUUUUACGAAGACAAAAUCGAAGCCAAACACUAUAUUCACUGCGUUAACCAGCUUCACCAAACCAUGCAUUCCUUGAUCUCUCACAACCCUUCCUCCCAUAAACUCAUCCUCGCUCACAACCUAAUGCAGAUCGCCAUGAAGAGACUCAAGAAAGAGUUCUACCAGAUCUUAUCCAUGAACCGCGCUCACCUUGACCCCGAAUCAGUCUCCGCCAGAUCCUCUCGCACCUCCGCUAAUUCCAGCUCCUCCGAUUGCGACGACGACUUCGCGGCGGAAGACGAUGAUAUCCGUGCCGCCGGCGACUCUAUCACCGAAGUCGAGCAGGUUUCCUCGGGCGCCAUGGCGGAUCUGAAAUUAAUCGCCGACUGCAUGGUCUCUUCCGGCUACGCGAAGGAGUGCGUCAGCGUUUACAUCAUCAUCCGAAAAUCCAUAAUCGACGAAGGAAUCUAUCGCCUCGGCGUUGAGAAACUGAGCUCCACGCGCGCUAACAAGAUGGAUUGGGAAGUGCUUGAUUUGAAAAUCAAGAGCUGGUUGGAGGCAGUGAGGAUUGCCGUUAGAACGCUGUUUAACGGGGAGAGAAUCCUCUGCGACAACGUCUUCAGUUAUUCAGAUUCCGUAAGAGAAUCCUGCUUCGCCGAAAUUUCCAGAGACGGCGCCUCUCUCCUUUUCGGAUUCCCCGAACUCGUCGCCAAAACAAAGAAAUCGUCGCCGGAGAAGCUGUUCCGCGUGCUCGACAUGCAUGCUGUGGCCUCAGAUCUGUUGCCGGAGAUCGAGUCCAUAUUUUCCUCCGAUUACAACUCCGCCGUGCGUUCUCAGUUCCUCACUUCACUUCAACGACUCACCGAGUCUGCGCAAUUCUUGCUCUCUGAGUUCGAGUCCACGAUCCAAAAAGACUCUUGCAAGCCUGCGGUGAACGGCGGCGGCGUGCACUCGCUCACGAUUCAGACAAUGAAUUAUCUCGCAAUCCUCGCAGAUUACGUUAACGUUCUCUCUGACAUAUUCCCGCGCGACUGGCUUCCUCUGCCGAAGUCUUCGUCGCUGCCGGAGUCUUAUUUAUACAGUCCGGAGUCUGAUUACUCUGCGUCGACGCCGGCGCUGACGGUGCGCAUGGCAUGGCUGAUUCUCGUCCUCCUUUGCAAGCUCGACGGCAAAGCGAAGCAUUGCAAGGACGUUUCACUAUCUUACUUGUUUCUCGCGAACAAUCUCUGGUACGUGGUGGCCAGAGUCCGAAGCUCGAACCUGCAGUACGUGCUUGGCGACGAUUGGAUUACGAAGCACGAAGCUAAAGCGAAGAGGUUCGUGGCGAACUACGAGAAGAUGGCUUGGGGAGAAGUGGUUUCAUCGCUGCCGCAAAAUCCGGGCGCAGCGGAGGCGAGGGCGGUGUUCGAGAACUUCAACCUGAAAUUCGAGGAAGCCUAUCGGAAGCAGAACUCGUUUGUGGUAGCUGAUAGAGAACUACGAGACGAAAUAAAAGGUUCGAUCGCGAGAAGUAUUGUGCCGAGAUAUCGCGAGUGGUAUAAUGCGCUGCUUGCUUCGGUGGGAUCAGUGAGGGACUUGACGGUGAGGGAGAUUGUGACGUUUACCCCACAAGACAUUGAAAAUUACCUUGCUAACCUCUUCCUUUUUGGAACGUCAUCCAGUUCUGUAUCGUCCUCUUCGGUAACUUCGUCUCCUCUCCGGCGUUGGAGUUGAGUUUUUCUUGAUUCUAGUAAUGAUUAUAGAGUUUUUCUUUUUUUAGAUAGCCAACAGAAGAUAUAACGACUUUCUCAGUUUUCUGCCUAUGGCAAAUGUAAUCAUGACUUAAUCAUACAGGUUUUUUCUACUUUUUACGUUC